AUGGCCGACGCCUUGUCACGCACGAAUCCGGCGACCGAGGCCGUUGACGACGUGGGUCUGGACGAACCAGUGGAGACGCCAGCCGCUUCCUCCAUCAACGCUUCCGCCGUCAAUGCGGUGAUCCCUCCUCUCCCUCCCGCUACAGAAUUCCGGUCACUCCAAGACGCGGAUCCCGGCCUGGCAAACUGGAUCGAGAAGCACAGAGUCUCUGAUACGCCCUUCAAACCGGAAGUCGUCGACGACGUGUGGUGUGAUCGCGGAAAAGUGUUGGUUCCGUCGUCUCUCCAGCGCCAG